AUGGGUGCGCCUGUCGCCUACGACCCAGCGGAAAUGCGGGCAGCGCAGGCAGAGGCUGCACGGCUCCGCGCAGCGUGCGACAUGCUCAAGGGCGCGCCAAAGUCUUCGCGGGAUGACCCGAAUUUUGUAGAGAGCUUCUUCUCUGCUUCACGUCUUCAUUUUAUAGGAAUGUGGAAGACUAGGCUGGAAAGCCUGAUGCUGUCGGGGGUAAUUGGGGGUCCAACCCCCAACCCUGGGCCUGGUGCACAAGUUAUCUUCCAUGUGGAUCUGGACUGUUUCUUUGCUUCAGUGGCUGAAUCCGAGCACCCCCUGUUCUCUGGAAAACCCCUGGCUGUCUGUCACUCGAAUAAUGCAAAGGGCACGGCCGAGAUAUCCUCUGCCAACUACGAAGCCCGCAAAUAUGGCAUCCGGGCCGGAAUGUUCAUGGCCGGCGCCAAACAGCUUUGCCCCGACCUCAUCGUCGUGCCGUACAACUUUGAGCGCUACCAGGAAGUAUCUGAGCAGGCCUACAAGAUCAUGAUGGCUUGCAGCGCCUGUGUCCAGCCCCUGUCCUGCGACGAGGCGUUUCUGGACGUCACCGGACUGGGCGACCCUUUCCAGUUGGCGAGCCGGCUGAGGGCCGACAUCCAGGCGGCCACGGGGUGCACGGCCUCGGUGGGGAUCGGGCACAACCUGCUCAUCGCCCGCCUGGCGACCAAGCGUGCCAAACCCGACGGCCAGUGCCACAUCCAGGAGGCUGAGGCGGCCAGUGCCAUGCUGUCCCUGGAGCUGUCAGACCUGCCGGGCGUGGGCUGGGCAACCAGCAAGAAGCUGGCGAGCCUGGGUCUCCAGUCUGUGGCCGAUCUGCAGGCAUGGUCAAAGGCCCGGCUCCAAGCAGAACUGGGAGACAAGACGGGGGCUGCGCUGUGGGACGCCUCGCGCGGCAUCGACACCCGCAGGGUUGCGCCGCCCGCCGUGCGCAAGAGCCUGGGGGCUGAGGUGAACUGGGGGGUCAGGUUUGACUCGCCGCAGGAUGCCACCCGCUUCCUUGGAAAGCUAGCAGAGGAGGUGUGGACUCGGAUGGGCGCGGCAGGGGUGCAGGGCCGCUCCCUCACCCUGAAGCUGAAGAAGCGGAAGGAGGGCGUAUACAACCCCGUCAAAUUCAUGGGCCACGGCAUCUGUGACAACCUCUCCCGCACCCACACCUUCCACCGCCCCGCCCACUCGGCUGCCACCAUCCACCGGGCCGCCUGUGACAUGCUGACCUCCCUGCACGUCCCCCAUGCCGAUAUCAGAGGCAUCGGGCUGGGGAUGUCACGCGGGCUAUGA